GUUUGGGAGGGCCGCUGGAGGGUCAUCCCUUUCCAUGUCCUGCCAGAGUGGCUAAAGGACAACGAUUACCUCCUGCAUGGACAUCGGCCCCCUAUGCCCUCCUUCCGGGCCUGUUUUGGAAGCAUCUUCAGAAUUCACACUGAGACAGGAAACAUCUGGACUCACCUGCUAGGGCUGAUCUUAUUCCUUUGUCUGGGCACGUUAACCAUGCUGCGGCCCAACAUGUAUUUUAUGGCCCCUCUGCAAGAGAAAGUGGUGUUCGGGAUGUUCUUCCUGGGAGCUGUGCUCUGCCUCAGCUUCUCCUGGCUUUUUCACACCGUCUACUGCCACUCUGAGAAAGUGUCUCGCACCUUCUCAAAGCUUGACUACUCGGGCAUCGCCCUCCUGAUCAUGGGCUCCUUCGUGCCCUGGCUGUACUACUCGUUCUAUUGUUCCCCUCAGCCUCGACUUAUCUACCUCACCAUUGUAUGUGUCCUGGGCAUUGCCGCCAUCAUAGUGGCUCAGUGGGACCGGUUCUCAACACCUCGUCACAGACCUACAAGAGCAGGUGUGUUCAUGGGUCUUGGAUUAAGCGGCAUUGUCCCCACCAUGCACUUCACCAUCGAGGAGGGCUUUGUUAAGGCCACCACAGUGGGCCAGAUGGGUUGGUUCUACCUGAUGGGUGCCAUGUAUAUCACUGGAGCGGGUCUGUAUGCUGCCAGGAUCCCUGAGCGCUACUUUCCUGGAAAGUGUGACAUCUGG